UUUUUUUGAUGCCAAGUGUCUCAUUCCAAAGUAGAAAAUAAAUCUGCCAAGGGGUUUAAAUAAGUUUAAAAAAUUUUAACUGAGCUUUUCUGUUUGCUUAGGUAUGUAAACUUUGCGCGGAACAAAGACGAGGCCAACCUGGUGGCAGUCCAGUGCAAAGGCAGCGUCCUGUUCCACUGCCGUCGCUCCAUACAGACUGGAGACGAGCUCACAGUGUGGCCCAGCAGCAAACUGCUCGCUCAUUUCAGCUCAGAUUGGACCAAGAUGUUGUCUUUGAAGAUGAACAGAACAGUGAAUGGCGAUUCCACUUCGUCUCCGAUUUACCUGUGCUCCAACUGUCUUCUCUCUUUCACCACGGAGAGCUUCCUCCUCCGACACAUAGAACUCUUCCACUCUGAGCCUGACGCUGAAAAUGCAGAAGAAAACCACGCCUCCGUAGACGAGCCUGCAGCCUCCCCGCUGCAGCUCGUCGACGGGAUUAAAUCCAAAACAUGCGACGACUGCGGGAAAGUUUUUAAACAAGUCCCCUACCUCAGGAAGCACCAGCAGUGCGUGCACUCCAACAAGCGGCCUUACUGCUGCUCACAUUGCAGGAGAAGCUUCAGCCGGGCGUACGGUUUGCUCAGACACCAGAGCAUUCAUAGAAAAACAAACAGAUUGGCCCCUCAGAACUCGGCGCUGAAAGCAGAACUUUCUAACAGGACUGAAGCAGCCGCGUCUGAGCAGAUGAAAGAAAUCGACUCUGAUUGUUUACAAGCCAACGCGGAUAUCGGUGCCGAGACGCCGUCUGCUGAAGAGGCAGAAACACACCAGCUGGAUAGUUCAGUUUGUGGAAAUAUCUUCACGAACGAAGAGCAACUCCAGAAGCGCAAGAAGACUGUUGACGAGGAUUCACGCACUUAUGUCUGCUCUGUGUGCCAGAAAUGCUUCGGCAAGGAGAACGAGCUGCGCAGGCACCUGCCCAGUCACCAGAGGGAAAAUGAAGAGGAUGCAGAGGACCCCUCCGUAAAGCCGUUUAGCUGCGGAGAGUGUUGGCUGGCUUUCUCUUCCGUGGACGCCCUGCAGCUGCACAUAACGGAGCUGCACUCGCAGGGAGCGGAUGCCGAGAAUCAAGAAGAGUGUUCGGCUGCUGCAGAAACCAGAGACUCCACCUUAAACCGGGCCCCUCUGAGGCCUCAGCGUCUCAAAGCCAGAUCCAAAGUUUCUGCCCUCACCAAACUCGUCGCACCUAAACGCAAAGCAUCCAAAGAGCCGGGGGCCUCGGCGGUCAGCGGCGCGAAAACGGUGAAAUACAAGUGGUUCAGCUGCAGCCGCUGCAGGCAAACCUACGGGAACCCCGACGAUCUCAAAGCACAUGUUUGCUCUUCGAAGCAGCUGAAGUGUGGGGAGUGCAGAGCUGCUUUUACUACUUCUGAUCUGCUCAGGAGACACAAGCAGGUGGAGCACGGAAGAGCACAAUCUUUCUGUUGCGACUCCUGCGAUAAAAGAUUCUCCACGUCGGCGAAGCUGAAGCAGCACCAGAAGAAGAAAUCCUGCCAGAAGUACCACUGCACCGCCGAGCUUUUCCCCUGCUCCUUCUGCCAGUUCUCCUUCACCAUGAAGAGCUACCUGAUCAAACACAUCAAGCGGCACCACCCCAUGGAGCUUCUGUCCAGCUGCAGCUCAGACAGCCCGGCGGAGCGGCCGGAGUACGCAUGCCAGCACUGCGGGGCGAGCUGCCCGGACGCAGAAGGUCUCAGAUCUCACAUAUGCAUCCAGCAGGUGAAGGUUUUGUAUUUGUGCACCGAAUGCGGGAAGAGCUUCACAAACCACUACGGCCUGAAGCAGCACCAGCGCAUUCACACGGGCGAGAAGCCGUACAGCUGCAGCCACUGCGGCAAGAGCUUCUCCUACGUGGGCCAGCUCAACGUGCACCUGAGGACUCACACCGGGGAGAAACCCUUCCUCUGCCCCCACUGCGGCGAGAGCUUCCGCCAGUCCGGGGAUCUGAAGCGACACGAGAGGAAGCACACGGGCGUGAGGCCGCACACGUGCCCCGAGUGCGGCAAGAGCUUCAGCCGCCCGCAGAGCCUCAAGGCUCACCUGCUGCUGCAUCAGGGAGAGAGACCGUUCAAAUGCAGCCAGUGUGGGAAGAGCUUUUCCAGGAACUAUCACCUCAGGAGGCACCAUCAGAAGAUGCACACGUAGAAACCCAUUAGCAGAACUGUCAUCACGGUGAAAGCGCUUAAAUUACCUGAGGUCUGCACUAAAUGACUUGACAGAUGGCUGUAAUGUUAAGGCUGUUCUGGAAGCUUCCGGUUUGCCGCCUUUAUUUAUUUGAGUUGGUAAUUAUCUGUGGAGAUAAAAGUGUCAAUAAUUCAUCCUUUGUUAAUUUAGUUUAGAAAGUUUUUCACUUUGUGCAAUGCUUUUCUUUGAUAACAGCCCCGUAGCAUCAUGCUGCUGCCGCCGUGCUUUACAUCACAGUGCUCCAAAGCCUCACCCAGAAUCAUCCAAACACACGUCAAAUCUCACCCUUUAUUUUCUUUGUUGAAGAGACGAGACCAUAGCUAAGGAAGAGGAUUAGGGCCACUGAAAAUAAAAGGUUAACUGAUUUUUACAUUUUAUUACAGUUUAACAUGGAAAAAAA